AUGGCCAAUAAAAGGCCCAAAAAGCAACAAAAGAAAGGUCCAAAAUUUGGACACAAGAAUAAGAGCUUCAAGAAGCCAACGGCAAAGGUAGAGAAUGCUAAUGCAAAGGGAAAAUGUUUCCACUGUGGAGAAGAUGGACACUGGAAGAAGAACUAUCCUCAAUACUUGAACAGUUUGAGGAAAGGCAAAGGAAAAGCAGAUUCUGAUUUCCAAUCAGAUAUUGACAAUAGAAAUUCUACGUCAUGGUACAUUUUUAUAUGUAAUGGAGCUGCUGUUCUUCGGAAAAGGUCAAAACAAACAACUACAACAGACUCCACUACAGAGGCUGAAUACAUUGGUGCUUCAGAAGCAGCAAAGGAGGCUGUUUGGAUGCAAAAGAAGGCCAUUGACUGGGCAAUUCAGGCCAUCAACAGCUUACGACCAAGGAAUCCGAGGAUGGACUUCUCCGACCUCCCAAUUGAAUAUCAGGACAUCCUUGCUUCCAUGGCCCAAGCUGAUGAUGAGGCCAAAGAGAAAGAGGGACAAGAGCCUCUUCUAGAGGAUGACUAG